AUGGCGUCCCCGCCGGUAGUCAGCUUUCCGAUCUUCACGGCGGUCAGGGCGUUUGGCGUCGCCAUCACUGUUCUUCUCCUCACGUGGGCCCUUCAUUUCCGGGGAGGCCUUGCUCUCGUCUCUGACAACAAAGAUCUCAUCUUUAACGUCCAUCCAGUGUUGAUGGUGUUUGGGCUGGUUCUAAUCAAUGGUGAAGGGAUGCUUGCAUACAAGAAUCUAUCUGGAACUAAAAGCUUCAAAAAAGCAGUUCAUCUGGCAUUGCAGUUUGUUGCUCUCAUUUUGAGCGUCAUUGGUAUCUGGGCUGCUUGGAAGUUUCACAUUGACAAGGGCAUUGACAAUUUCUACAGCCUCCAUUCUUGGUUAGGCCUUGCAUGCUUUUUCCUAUUCUCCAUCCAGUGGGGUGCUGGGUUUGCAACAUUUUGGUACCCUGGAGGGUCAAGAAAUAGUAGAGCAACCUUAUUGCCAUGGCAUGUGUUCUUUGGUAUGUAUAUCUAUGCCUUGGCUAUAGCCACAACUGUUACUGGUAUUUUGGAAAAAGCUACGUUCCUUCAGGUGAACAAGAUCAUAUCACGCUAUUCCAAUGAAGCACUUCUGGUUAAUUCUUUAGGCAUUUUGAUAGUCAUUUUAGGUGGCUUUGUGAUUCUUGGACUUGUUACUCCAGUUUAUGGUAAAGCUGAUGUCAUAAGGGGGAAUGAGUAA